AAUAGCUACACCUACUAAGCUUGGUUGGUUGAACAAAAUGGCAACGUAUGGUGACGAGCCAGUCGACAGCUAUUUCUAUUCAUCUUGCAACCCUUACACGGGCCGAUACCCCCGGCCUAAAAACGCUGGGUGGAAGUAUAAAAGUUACCUCUCCCACUACGGGGACGCUUCGGAUGCCUUCAACAACCACCAGCGCGCGCAGCUCAAGUCCAUCUUAUCCCAAAUCAAUCCAAAACUCACCCCGAGGCUCAUGAAGGCAAACACUAAAGAUGUGGCGGUGCAGGUGAACCCGAAGAAAGACGCAUCGGUGCAGUGCUCCAUCGGCCCGCGCACCCUCCUGGCCAUGAAGGUGGACUUUUGGCGCAGAAGAAAGCAGCAGGAGCCGCCCGGUAGUCCCAAGGCUGCGGACGGUGUGCGUUACCCUCGCACCCUCGCCGUGUACUCACCCAUCGCCUACAGAAGCGUCACCUCCUUCCUGGCCGACGACAACAACAACAAUGAAGCCUCCUCCGGUGAGACGCAGACCGGAAAGCCGCCCGGUGACCCGCCCGAGGCCGCGGUGACGAAGAGCAAAGACAAGCAGGCUGGUAAAGAUGGGAAGACCGCAACGAUCCCAGAUCAGCGCAAAACACCCAAGACAAAACAACAGGAGGAGAGUGAAGAGGAACAGCUGAUUACAGAGGGGUCAAAGGGCAAGGCGCGUGUGCGGUUCCAGUUUCUGGAACAGAAGUAUGGAUAUUAUCACUGCAGAGAAUGCAAUCUACGAUGGGAGAGUGCCUAUGUGUGGUGCGUUCAGGGCACCAACAAGGUUUACUUCAAACAGUACUGUAGGAAAUGCCAAAAAGAAUUCAACCCAUACCGAGUUGAGGACAUCACGUGUCACACUUGCAACAAAGCACGCUGUUCCUGUGCAAUAACACAACGCCACGUUGACCCCAAGCGGCCCCACAGACAGGACUUGUGCGGCAGAUGCAAAGGCAAGCGGCUCUCCUGUGAAAGCACUUUCAGCUUCAAAUACAUCAUCUAGGAAGCAUCUCGACUGAACUCUGCCCUGUAAACACAGCAGUACAGUAACGUCCUGUGGGGGUGCACCUUCAACUCAGUGCCACCAGAUUUGCAGAUGCAAUGAUGGCACUUUGGAUGCAAAACAUAUAUUUGAUGUUUCAAAACUUUAUUUCGUGCCUGUUUUGUGUUGAUGAAGUUAAUGGUAAGCGCCAUACAACUUACAAUGUAAUAAAGGGCUACCUUGCACUCA